AGCUCGGCAAGUCUUCCGUUUUGCUGGUGAUCCGAGGACGAGGAAGCGGCAGUUGUGCAAUCCUUUUUACAUUCAUCGGAGGCUUAAAAUAAAAAGCCGCAUCUGAGUUAUGUAAUCGGCGAAAGACCUUCCUAGAGAAAAGAAAUACUCUGAAAAACGGGGAAAAUGCUGACGAUUGGCAGGUUGCCCUGGGAAAUCCGUGUGUCACUAUGCGCCGCUGUUGUGUUUUUAUCCAUGGUCGUCAGCAGGAGUUUGAGAGACUACUUUGAUCAAUCUACACUGCUAAAGUUGUACCGGGUACAGUUUCUGCUGUUUAUCAACAGCCUCAUGUCAAUCGGGUCGCGGUAUAUCUGGAAGAGGACCGUGUCGAACCUGCAGACCUUCUGUACAGUCUCUUGCAAUAACACCAAGUGUUUUACCGGCUGGAAAAUCACUAUUGCGGGGUUUCUACUUCUAGCUCAUUCCAGUUUUAUUUCUUUGCUGGCUCUGGUGUCAGAGGAGCCACAUCUCUUUUCUCUCGUCUCCUACUCCUGCCUAGGAAUCUACAUUUUCCUCAUUUUCAGCCUGUUUGCUUUCGGGCUACUGGAACAGGCCCUGAAAUUGGUCACAUUUAGCCGGGCGUCCUCGUCCAAUCACAAGCGGAACGCUGUUACCGUCGCCCUGGCUCUCCUGUUCACGGUUGCGUGCACCGUCCUGGGGCUUCUCAAUGCACGGCUGCCUCCGCUGAUCAAACAGGUGGACGUAUCUCUCCCUAAACUACCGCAGCCAUUCCAUAAUUUGAAGGUGGUUUUGUUGGCUGAUAUUCAUCUAGGACCUACAGUGGGAAGGACCAAACUUGAAAUGGUGGUGAAGAUGGUGAAUGAACUAAAUCCAGAUAUCAUCGUGAUCGUUGGUGACCUGACUGACUCCCAGGUAGUCAACCUUAGAACCGCCACAGAGCCUCUCAGACAGCUGAAGCCAAAAUUGGGGACGUACUUUGUUACAGGUAACCAUGAUUAUUACAGUGCUGAUGUCACCAACUGGUUUAUGCACCUGCAGUCGUUAAAUAUCCGGCCUCUCCACAACGAGCAUGUCAGGAUUUACAGCCCCACUGGGGACAAGAACUGGUUUUGUCUGGCAGGGGUCGAUGACAUUGAAGCAGAACUGUUACGGUAUCCUGGACACGGUAUGGAUUUAAAGAAAGCAUUGGAUGGCUGCAGUACUGAAGAUACAAUCGUACUGUUAGCACACCAGCCAUUAGCUGCCAAACGUGCCCUUCAAAGCAGACCAGAUAUCAGCCUGGUUCUCUCUGGUCAUACCCAUGCGGGACAGAUUUUUCCUCUUUCGAUUUUUGCCUAUUUUUUAAAUCCAUACUUUGAAGGUCUCUAUAAAACUGCUGAGAACAGCUUAGUGUACGUAACACCUGGGACAAUUUACAAUGGAAUUCCAAUGAGACUAGGAAGCAGAGCAGAAAUAACAGAGCUCAUUUUUAAGACUGAAUGA